AUGGCGGCGCCCGCAGCUCCGGGAGGCAGUGGCCCCGGCACGGACAGCCUGCUGGACCAGGAGACAGCCCAGUGGCUACGGUGGGACAAGAAUCCUUUAACUUUGGAGUCAGUGAAACAACUAGUUGCAGAAGGCAAUAAAGAAGAGCUACAGAAAUGUUUCAGGGCUCGCAUGGAGUUCGGGACAGCUGGCCUCCGAGCCGCUAUGGGAGCAGGAGUCGCCCAUAUGAACGACUUGACCAUCAUCCAGACUACACAGGGAUUUUGCAGAUACCUGGAAAAACAAUUCAGUGACCUUAAGCAAAGAGGUGUCGUGAUCAGCUUUGAUGCUCGAGCUCACCCAGCAAGCGGAAGCAGCAGCAGAAGGUUUGCCCGACUUGCUGCGACCACGUUUAUCACUCAGGGGAUUCCUGUGUACCUGUUUUCUGAUAUAACCCCCACCCCUUUUGUGCCCUACACAGUGCUGCAUUUGAAACUUUGUGCUGGGAUCAUGAUAACUGCCUCCCACAAUCCGAAGCAAGACGAUGGUUAUAAGGUCUACUGGGAUAACGGAGCUCAGAUCACCCACCCGCACGACAAAGGGAUUGCUCAAGCGAUUGAAGAGAACCUGGAGCCGUGGCCUCAAGCUUGGGAUGAUUCCUUACUUCACGGCAGUCCGCUCCUUCAUGACCCAACUGCUUCCGUCACUAAGGACUACUAUGAAGACCUUAGAAAAUACUGUUUUCACAGGAGCGUGAACAGGGAGACCAAGCUGAAGUUUGUGCACACCUCCGUCCACGGCGUGGGUCACAGCUUCGUGCAGUCGGCUUUCCGGGCUUUUGACUUUGUUCCUCCCGAGGCUGUUCCCGAACAGAAGGAUCCCGAUCCUGAGUUCCCGACAGUGAAAUACCCGAAUCCCGAAGAGGGUAAAGGUGUCUUGACUUUAUCUUUUGCUUUGGCUGACAAAAUCAAGGCCAAAGUCAUUUUAGCAAAUGACCCAGAUGCUGACAGACUUGCUGUGGCAGAAAAGCAAGACAGUGGUGAAUGGAGAGUGUUUUCCGGCAAUGAGUUGGGGGCCCUCUUGGGCUGGUGGCUCUUUACUUGUUGGAAAGAAAAGAACCAAGACCCCAGUGCCCUCAAGGACACGUACAUGCUGUCCAGCACCGUCUCCUCCAAAAUCUUGCGGGCCAUUGCCUUAAAGGAGGGUUUUCACUUUGAGGAAACAUUAACUGGCUUUAAAUGGAUGGGAAACCGAGCCAAGCAGCUAAUAGACCAGGGGAAAAAUGUCUUAUUUGCAUUUGAGGAAGCUAUCGGAUAUAUGUGCUGCCCUUUUGUUCUGGACAAAGAUGGAGUCAGUGCCGCCGUCAUAAGCGCAGAGUUGGCUAGCUUUCUUGCAACCAAAAAUUUGUCUCUGUCUCAGCAGCUAAAGGCCAUCUAUGUCGAGUAUGGCUACCAUAUUACCAAAGCUUCGUAUUUUAUCUGCCAUGAUCAAGGCGCCAUUGAGAAAUUAUUUGAAAACCUUCGAAACUAUGAUGGGAAGAAUAAUUAUCCGAAAACUUGUGGCAGAUUUGAGAUUUCUGGCAUUAGGGACCUUACCACUGGCUAUGAUGAUGGCCAGCCUGACAAAAAAGCGGUUCUCCCUACCAGUAAAAGCAGCCAAAUGAUCACCUUUACCUUUGCGAAUGGAUGCGUGGCCACCAUGCGGACCAGCGGGACAGAGCCCAAAAUCAAGUACUACGCCGAACUGUGUGCCCCGCCUGGGAACAGUGAUCCAGAGCAGCUGAAGAAAGAACUAAAUGAACUAGUCACCGCUAUUGAAGAACAUUUUUUCCAGCCACAAAAGUAUAACCUGCAGGCAAAAGCAGAGUGAACUAUCCCAGCCUUGGGCACAAUUGCAUUUACCUACAUUAAGCUGAACUUGAUUUCUUAAUCAUCAUCCGUAAGGGCCAAGUGAUUUAAACUGUCACUACAAGUAUUUAUAUUUUUUAAUAGACCUACAUUCCUCAUUGUCUUAUGUUGGAUCUUUAACGUAAAUAAAGAAAAGAUAGGUAAACCUAACACACCAACAUUCCUAUUAAAAGGUUAAGACUCGCAUUAUCAGAAUUCUAAAAAAUUAAGAUUUUUAAAAUAUAUUAUAAUGAAUAUGCUUUAAUUAUAGUAAACAACAAAUAUGUGUUUUCUCUAUAAUUCUUUUUAUGAAUAAUUGAAAUAACCAGGAAGCCCUUACAGUUAGAUAAUUCUGGGCUGUCAUGUGUAAGAUGCCCACAUUUUACAUACGUAGGCAAACCUCGUCUUAUUGUACGUCACUUCAUUGAGCUUCACAGGUGUUGCGUUUUUUACAAACUGAAGGCAAAAGAUUAUGACUCGCUUUAUUAAGAUACUCACUUUAUUACCGGAGUCUGGAACCGACCUCGAAAUAUCUCCGAGGUACUCUAGUACCUCGGGGUGGGCAAAAGUAAGUUUACAGUUCUGUUCAAAUGGAAAAUAAUACAGUAAUUAGUAAAUAAUACAAGAACAAAAUCUGUUUCGCAUCUUCACAACUGUGUACUUACUUUUGCCUACCCCUGUGUAUUUCUAUCAAUUGUUUAUAAAGUAAAAUAAAUGAACAGAUCAAAUGUUGUGUUUAUGUUUAGGAAAAAUACAGUUUACAGAAACCUGUGAAAAGGAGCAAAAGAUACCUUAAAAAGAUAAGUUUUUUUGUUUUGUUUUGUUUUUUACCUAAAUCCUGUUAGUUCUAAUAAUAUACCAUUAUACAUUGUACAUGUGCUAGGGAAAAAACAGCUUAACCAUUUUUGUUCAAUGCAUUACCAUUCAUUUUAUCUCUUUAAAUCUUGGAUCAAAGAGUUGGUUAUUUGAAACUUGCAAAGUACUUUAUUGUACAACUUUUUACUCUAGCACAAUUUAAUUCUUGUUCCUGCGGUGGCAAGGAUGAUAAAUAACUAUUCACCUGACUCUGACUUUUUUUUUUGCUUUGUUCAUACAUAAUCAAAAUCUAAAACUAGACUUUUUGUAUAAUAGAUUUUCUUUUCCAGCUUCAUUAUUUUAGCCUGUGCCUUCUACCCUCCUCCUAACUGCUGGCCUUAUAACCUUACAGAAUGAUUCCCCUUGAGUGAGUCCUCCUGAGUGAGGACCACGCUGUUUUUUCUUUAAUUCAAGUAUUUUAUGUGAUUUUUAAAGCAAGUGAUCGCCUAUUAUUAUUCUUAUUGUUAACCUAAAUGGUUAUGAACAGUUUCAGAACAAUGAGAAAUACAAUACUGUUGACAAUCAAUUUUCUAAAGUAAAGGAAAAAUAUUCUUAUAUCUUAGUGAUACAUAGCUUGUGCCCUACCGGAACUCUUAAAUCCACAAUAUUCAAUAUAAUCUAUCAGCUGCUUCAUUGUAGAAGCUAUAUUUAUUUUUGUGUUAUAAUGUUUUCAAGUCUCAGACUGUACACUGGAAAAUAAGAAAUGGUAGAUCUGUGUCCUUGCUACGGUUUUCUGAACAUGUAAACUAUACCUCAUCACAGAGUCUGUUUCUGAAAAUACAGAAGCGAUUGAGAUCCAAUUCUGCUGUAAUGGAGCUCACAGUCUAAUCGAAGGGCUAAUAAAUAACUGUCAUUCUCACAAA